GCCAGCGCGGCGCGCCCAAUCGGAACGAAGUCUUGGCUGGCCCGGGCUCUCGUGGGCUCACUCGCUCUAGGGAACCGGCACCAUGGCGUCGGGCUGCAAGAUCGGCCCGUCCAUCCUCAACAGCGACCUGGCCAACCUGGGGGCCGAGUGCCUGCGCAUGCUGGACUCGGGGGCCGACUACCUGCACCUGGAUGUAAUGGACGGGCAUUUUGUUCCUAACAUCACUUUUGGCCACCCUGUGGUUGAAAGCCUCCGAAAGCAGCUAGGCCAGGAUCCUUUCUUUGAUAUGCACAUGAUGGUGUCUAGGCCAGAACAGUGGGUAAAGCCAAUGGCCGUGGCAGGUGCCAAUCAAUAUACCUUUCAUCUUGAGGCAACUGAGAAUCCAGGGGCUUUGAUUAAAGACAUCCGGGAGAAUGGGAUGAAGGUUGGCCUUGCCAUCAAACCAGGAACGACAGUUGAAUAUUUGGCCCCAUGGGCUAAUCAAAUAGAUAUGGCCUUGGUAAUGACUGUAGAACCUGGGUUUGGAGGGCAAAAAUUCAUGGAAGAUAUGAUGCCCAAGGUUCACUGGUUGAGGACCCAGUUCCCAACUUUGGAUAUAGAGGUCGAUGGUGGAGUAGGUCCUGACACAGUUCAGAAAUGCGCGGAGGCAGGAGCUAACAUGAUUGUGUCUGGCAGUGCCAUCAUGAGGAGUGACGACCCCAGAUCUGUUAUCAACUUACUAAGGAAUGUCUGUUCAGAAGCUGCUCAGAAACGCUCUCUUGAUCGAUGAAGCCACAAGAAACCCAGUUUGUGCUCAUGAAAUUUUUUUUACUGGGAAAAGAAACUACCAGAUCACAUUGAAUCGAAGCAGUGCUGCAUUCCAGUGAUUAAAUUCAAUUGUGCAGGAUGUUCAAGAGGUUAGAAAUAACUACCUUUUUAGUGAUGCCAUUUAGAGAUUAUAGCACGAUGAAAUGUUUAUAUUGGGAAAAUGAUUUUUUGUAAAGAGUGAACACAUGGUUUUAAGAUUACUGACAGAAAUGUAUCCUAAUGCCUAAAGAGGAAAAUUAGCUACUAUGAAAACCAUUUUUUCUGUAUUUUUAAAAAGAAUGUUCUGUUGUUUCUCUAGUUUAUCCCUAAAGCAAAUGACAUCCAUAUUUUCUGUUUCAUGUCAUUUGUGGUUUGUUUAUAUGCCUGAGAAUAUGAAAGGAAGGGACUAAAAGUGGCAUGUCAUGGUCUGACAUCUGAAACAUUUUUAUUUUUUACCUUACAUUUACUAAAGAAUAUAAAAAUAAUGUAUGAAGUUUCUGAAAUGCAAGAACAGACUUUAUCAAGGUAUUUUCUUUGUCACAGCAGGCUAUUCAGUAAUUCCUUCCUGCUCCUGGUUCUCACACAACCACCCUUCUUGGUGCUGUGAAAUAAUACUGUUGUGUGACAGCUGUGAGCAGAAAGGAGCCAUACAGUCCCUCUUGGACGCUCCACUGGGUAGAAUUCAGGUUGGCCCUAUUGUAGCUCUUUGAUCUUAAUAAAAAUUACCUAACCUUUUUUUCAUUAUCAACUCUUAUAUGUGUUGAAUGGAACUAUAACUACCAUGUGUUGAGAAUUAAAAACAUAACAUGAUCCUGAAGAACCUAUAGUCCUCUGUAGGGCAUGCUCAACACAAAAUGGCAAGCAAGCAUUGUGUAUGUUGUGUGAGUUAUUAGGUACUUUGGUAUAAUUCGAUUAACGCCUAGAUUGUCAUAUAAUUGUUAAAACAAGUAUUUUUUGGGCUGGUACUUAGAAAGGGUCCAGUAAGCAUGUUUUCUGGUGUGUCCUACUGCUCUGAUUACAACCAGCUCUUGAGAGGUGGAUUAGGAAGAAAGUUGUUAACUUUUUGUAUUUCAGUACCUAUAGCUUCUAGCAGAAUCAGAGUAAGUCAAGAAUACCCUGGAAAGACAGAUUUGACCCCAAGGAUGUCUAUAUAAUUUCUAUGAAAUAAGUAGGCUAAGAGAAGACAGGAUACAGACUUAAUUCAUGAACUAAGUAUUAGUAACAGUGUUUCCAGUUAUGGAGACAAUGGGAAUAUGUAUGGGCAACUUCAUUCCCACUCUUGAAUAUGACAAGAGUACAACCAGUAUCAUGAAAUUUCUUCAGGCUACUAUGAAUUUUGAUAAAUAGGUUUUAAAUUACAGAAACACUGAUAAAUGUAGGCAUGAAACAGAGCUUGCUGGGGCUUUUUCUUGCCCUGUAAGGUAAAGUUUAUUAAUACUUAUUAUUUUGGCUUAGGAAAAGUUUGUGCAUUUAAUCAAAUCACACAAUACAAGGCAUAUAGAAAUAACUUUAAUUAAAAAAACUAUGUAGAAGAUUAUAAUAUCAGUCAUGACAAAGAUUUGAAUUUAUUUGCUGGGACAACUUGUAUUUUUCUGGCUUUUGUUAUCUUUUUCUUUAAAAAUAAAUGUACAGUAAAACUAUAAGCAAAAGUUUGUAAGUAUUGAAUUUGAAUGGUUCCCCCACCCCCCUUUUGCAGGGACCAAUUUAAUUUAUAAUCCUCAACAAAACCUUAAGUAUGUAAUCCCACAGACACUAAGCCAGGAUUUUCAGGACUAUGGGAACUAUAAUAAAUUGAGUAACCUUUCUUUGCAUAACAAAAAGUGGCUGAUACAAAUUGUCCUUAACUUUUAUCUAGAAAAAAUGGUAUUAUAGCUCCAAAAAGAAUUUUCUUUAAUGUACACUCCUCUGCAUUCUACAGUAAAGUCUUAGUCUUUGAAA